AUGCGUCUGGCACCUGUACCACUUUUCUUUUAUAGAAAUCCUGAAAAAGCUGUCCAAUAUUCAGGUGACAGUGCUCGAAUUACUCAUGGAGAUGACAAAGCAUACGAUGCAUGUCGCUAUUACGGUGCUCUCAUUGUCGCUGCACUCCACGGUACAUCAAAAGACAAAUUGACUAGCAAUAGAUUUUAUGAAAAUAAUGAACGAUGGUUCGGUAAUAAGCCACUUCAUGCGGACAUCUUGAAUAUUGCUCAAGGUUCAUACAAGAAAUCUGGUGGUUAUGAUGAAGGAAUUCGAGGUAAAGGCUAUGUGGCUAGUGCUCUGGAAGCUGCUUUGUGGGCGUUUUGGAGUGACAAUAAUUCGUUCGAAGAAGGUGUUCUCAACGCUGUUAAUCUAGGUGACGAUACUGAUACGACAGCAGCUAUCUAUGGUCAAUUGGCUGGUGCUUUCUACGGAUAUCAGAAUCUACCUAAUAAAUGGCUCAAACGUGUCUAUGCCAAGAGUUUCAUCAAUCAUAUCAAACCACCAGCAAAGGCUACAGUACCAGGAUCAGAUGAAAAUAUUAAAACAAAUUGUGAUUCAACCGAUAUACGAACAUGCGAUGUUAACGCUUUACCAAAUGCUGGUGUGAAAUAUUCUUCUUCAUCCAUCGCUUUCGUUUUCCAUGUAUCAUUGUCUUAA